GGGGCAGAAAAGAAAUUAGGGCUAAGGUUGAUCGGCGCUUAUCGGCCUCAAUCAUCCUUUCCGCCUUAUUCUGCUACUCUACAAACCACCUAUUCAUUCCCAUCUUGUCUUGACACUCUUUGUUUUCUUCCAUUAUUUUCACAAUGCAUCUGUGGCAGGCCACUCUUCCGUUCUGUUUGCUGGCUUCAGCUGCCUUGCCCGCUGCAGCUGCAUCAGCUUGGGGCUUUGCUGAUGCCACCGUGGCAAUUCAACCUAAGGGCGCUGGGAUCAAUGGCGGAUUCAAGGAACAAUUCACUUCGUCCAAGCCAUUGUCCAAACCCGUUGUAUUCGCCGGCGCCGAUACAUUGCGCGUCAUCUUGACUGCUCAGGAAGGCAGCUCCGCAAAGAGACCACACCAGGCAUUCCUCCUGCUGAAGGAUAACCAGAGUGGCCUUGACAUCUCCUACCCUUUCAGUGUCAAGGAGAAUGGAAAAUCUCGAGUUGAAUUGACCCAGAAGGAGCUACCGGUGCAAUUCCUCUCCCUCACCGAACCCGUCGAUGCCCGCGUUGUCAUUGGGUCCUUUGGCAGCUCUGAGGCCUACGAUAGCUCCGUCUUCAAGCUGGCUAUCCAGCGGGACCCCAACGUGUCCGUCCCGACCGCGGAGACCGCGCGUUACGGCAAGCUCCCUGAGAUCCACCACAUCUUCAAGGACUCCCCCUCCAACCCGCCUGUCAUCAUCACCCUCGCUUUUGUGGCCGCCGUUGGCGCUACUUUACCGGCUCUGGCUGGCUUGUGGCUCUUCCUCGGUGCCAACCUCAGCCACCUCCCCACUGCGCUCAAGUCCGCUCCUCUACCCCACGCCAUCUUCGUUGGAUCGUUAAUCUCUUUUGAGGGCCUCUUCUUCCUCUAUUACACUUCUUGGAACUUGUUCCAGCUCCUACCGGCUGCGGCCAUUGUUGGCGCGGUCGCAUUCGUGAGCGGUAGCCGCGCAUUGGGUGAGGUGCAGGGUCGUCGCCUGGCUGGUCUCCGGUAAGCGUCUUGAGUGAUGCUCUAUUGCGAUAAGCUUGCGCUCUAGACCUACCUCGGAUCUUUUGAAAAGGUGGCCACUGGAGCUCCACGGGAGUCGUUCGUGUCUUAGCUGCUAUGAUAUCCGUUCUGUUUCAUUUGAACCAGUAUUUGCGAAUGAAAGAUGCUGCUGCGCAUGUAUAUCUCUUUUCCAAUGAGUUUCUGGAAGUAUGUAAAUAAAUUUUGACUGCGUGCGAGCUCGACUUCUUGGAGUACUUGAGAGAUACCCACU